GCUGGCCCAUGCCUACAAUAGUCUUCAUUCAUUGUACAUUUUGAUAACUCAUGAACUCUGCCAUCAUCGAAGCUGCCGCGUGGGAAUGCAAGUCCUGGGGGGACUCUGUCAGUGCGUUUCGUGUGCACAUGGAAUCCAACCAAGCGGAAUGCUAUUCCAACAACGGCCGCGACUGCUUGUGGGUGACGUCCAUGUAUGUGUGUCGCGGCAACAUGGUGGAUUUCGAUGGCAAGAUGGUUGCGCAGCCGUUGAAGCCGCUUCGGUGUGGGCCCAUGUACGAACAAGUGUGGGGUAUGUCGGGUAACAACGAAACACAUUGGUGCAAGGCCAUGUAUCCUUCGUUGGCACUCAUGCCCCAGGCAGCAAGUACCCCCGCGAGUGGUGGUGCAGGAAUGCUGCGUGUGACGUUGGCUCCACUGCCCCUGACGGUCGCUGGGAAAUCGGCAGCAACCGACAAUGACAUUGGGGUGUGGCCAGCGAUGCUGUGCGGAGUCACCGUCAUUGUAGCGUUGGGGGCGAUUGCAUUGGUCAUUUUCAUGUGGAAAAAGAAGAAGCAACAGCUUGUGAACAUGACUGCGAAGGCGCCAGCGUACCAGCUCAAGGAAGAUAACAUUUAAUCGAGCAGAUGGUACCAUUGCAACCAGUUUAACUGGAAAGUGCAAUUGAUGUUUCGCAA